UGUGCUGCAAAAAAGCACAACUCUUUAAAUAUUUAACACCCAAAACUCAGUACUAGUUGGUUGGGGGUUUUCCUUUAAUCUGCAUAUAUUUUUGUGCUUCACGUGCAUGGAGCUUGCAUGGGCAUUCCGUCUAAUGCCUUGUCUUGAUUAAGUACCUUCGAGGUGAAUUCCUCGCAGUUCUGGGGAGUUCGCGUGCACCCACGCGCCGCUCCGAUUGGCUGCCCUGAGCGCGCGCUGUAGUCUGUGCAGAGAUAAAAGCGCGGAGCUGGCGCGCGGUGCGGCAUUGAGUCCGUGCGACGGAUUAAACGCGACGAAUAAAGUCAAGCAAGACCGCGCAUGGCGCAAAGGACACGCAGACACCUGUGAAUUGCCAUACCUGACACCAGACGCAGCAGUAGUUCGCAGUAAGUUCCCCGAAGCUGCUCAACAGGGUUUGUUGCCUCCUACCACUCUUUCUCAAGAGAGAAUGUGGCUCCUGGAGAAGAUCCGUGGCUCUGUGGAAGGCAACGUUCUCCGUCAUCGGGACUCGGGUGACAGCCAGUCCAAAGGACCCACCCACAGCAAUGUGCUCACGCCCGAUAAGAUCCCAGACUUCUUUAUCCCACCCAAGUUGGUGUGCUGCCCCCCAGAGGCCGAUACGCCAGAGAUGAAGCCCAAGAACGGGCUGCACUCCUCCACAUCCGAGCAGACCAUCUGCAGCAAGACGCCUCAGGGUGGCUCACGCAGCCCGCGCCUCAUCUGCAAGCUCACUGGGGACACCAAGAACUUGCUCAAGGCUGCUAACCGCCACAUCAUCCAGAUUGAGAGUGCUGAUGACUUAGCAGCAGGUGACGUUGGCGAGCUCACCACCAAUGCUGACCCACAGUCCCAAACAGCCAUGUCUUUGCCCUAUGUGCCCAAAGCGCAGACCUCGUAUGGCUUUACCACUUUGAUGGAGAGCCCUCACACACGGCGCAAGGAGUCACUAUUCCACAGUGACCCCACCAGUCCGCUGACAUCCCCCAAUACUCAGCGUAAGACACAAAGCAACAGCAACCAGCUCAACCCAAGUGACUGCAAUACAUCACACUCCAACCCAUAUCGCUACUUCAGUGGAGGCGAGAGCGACACAUGCUCCUCAGCAGAGUCUUCACCAUUCAGCUCACCUUUGCUCUCAAGGUCGGCCUCGCUUCUCAGAAUGUUCACCCAUGAGACCCAGGCUAAAGUUUCACGUGCCAAGCGCUCAUUUGCCCGCCACAGCUCUCUCUCGACGGACGAUUGUAGUUCGGUGGAGACCAGUCCCAACAUCCAGCGGCGCUUCAGAUGUCCACCGUCGCCUGCAUUCAGAAGCCGCAAAGCAGGCGCCAAUGUCGAACGCCUCACUCAGCAUACCGUCAAACUGCACAAAGGGGGGACGCUGUGUCUGUGCACGGACUACGACACGGAGGCGGCACGUCUCCGGGUGCGCGUGCUUGCUGCUGAAGACCUUUAUGAUAAGCAGGUCGAUGUGAAGAGCAUCAACUGCUGUGUAGCACUCUACCUGAACCCAGGCAAGCUGCAGAAGCAGAGAAGCAACAUCAUCAAAAACAGCCGCAAUCCCGUCUUCAACGAGGACUUCUUCUUUGACUCCUUGCCUGCUGCACAGGUCAAGAACCUGGCGAUAAAGAUGAAGGUGGUAAACAAAGGCACCAGCCUGAAACGGGACACGUUGCUUGGGGAGAGGGAGGUGCCUCUUAAAGAUCUGCUGCCUGGCUUUUAGUGCCAACCACAACAGACUCCACCAAACAGAAAGUACACACAGCCUGGACUGAAUCCAGAGCAUACAAAAUGUUCACUAUAAUGUUGUUUUUCCUUCCUUCUUCCUGCUGCAAGAGGUGACCUUUCCAGUUUGAAGACUGACAGUGUGUUAUUGACAAGGGUUGUGUGUGUAUGUUCAGGGCAUGUCAGUAUUUGAACUGUAUGUAAAGCUAGCUGUUCUUUCAAGUGUGUGUGUAUGUGUGUGUGUGUGUGUGUGUGUCUGGCUCACUAUGGCAACCCAUGUCUGUAGAUGCCAGCUAACAUCUGUACAGCUGAUGAUGCAGCUGCUCUGCACUGUGCACGUGUACAAAGAGGCUUUGAAGUGCCACAAUGACAAAUGCAAAUGCAUGCUUUAUAUCUGGUUUGAAAUUCUAAACUUGUGAACGUGACAAAGACUUUUGUAUUUGCUAUCACCGUACUGCCAGACUUUCCCUGUAAGCCCUUUCUUCGACCUUAUCACUGGAGCAUGUGAGUGAUCUUCUUGUUGGAUUGUUCUUGCUUAUAGUACUUUGGUUCUCUGUUAUAAUUCUGCUUAUUUUCACUGAGGAGAUUUGUGGGUCGAAUUCACCCUCCAGCCUUAUAAACGAGAUAAGCUGCACAUGUCGACUGAUACAUCGCGAAACGGAAACCUCAUUGUACAACACUAAUCAACUGUUGCUGUAAAUAAUAACUGCCUAUCCAUGUUGUACCUAUGUAUGACAGACAUACAGUAUACUUGAGUAUUUGCACAAUUGUCUUGGCAUGUUUGUUGAAAUUUAUGUGUACGGCUGAGACAAACUUGCACAGAUAAACGCAUUAGCUUUUUCUUACCACUUGUUGAACACAUCGGGAGUACCGGAACAGCUAACGGUUAACAACUGUAAUGGAAAGUAGUGCCGGUAUUUAUUUGACUGUUUUAUAGAGUCGGGAUUUUUAUGUUUUCAGUGUAGCCAAUUUGAAUUCCUUAUUAUAAAUCAUCUUAAUAGUAUUAGUGUAAUGGGCCCAAAAUGGCCCCGGGUCCUUGUAAGCCUUCUUAUUUUUCAUUUACGGAGCCUGGAGAGAUCUGUAAUCUAAUUAGCAUUUAGGAGUCUCUGCAGUAUAGCACAAAUGAAAGUCAAAGUCACUGUUGGCAGACUUCACGGUUGUUCAGUAGAGAAUAGCACUUCUGGGCUGUUUUGUUUGUUUGUUUGUUUGUUUGUUUGUUUAUUCUUUUUAAAAUUUAAUAUCUAACAAAUAUCCUUAUAAAAAAAUAACCUUAUGAAAAAAAAUAAUUUUAUCAUGCUAUUUAUUACUCCUAAGGGUGGGAACUAUUACAGAGAUGUAUUUGGUGCUAGAUGUGUUGGCUUUUAAGAGAGAGAGAGAGAGAGAGUCAGUCAUCCAUUGUCAGACUGUAUUUUACAUAAAGCUUAAUAAUUACACUUGAUAGAAUCUGCAGGGACCAGACCAUUUUAAAUCCAUUUCCUGGGUUUUCUUACAUUAACGGAACGAAUCAUACAUUUCUAGCUCUAUUUCGAGCACUCAUUUGCAACAAUCAAAUUUCAGGUAUUAGAUUCCCUAUUAGCUUUACUUCAAUGGCAGGGACUGUGAUUCUCUACACGAACAUCAGAAGUACAAUUACACAAGGGGGAAUGAAUUCGGACUGCUUGAAAACUCUCAAAUUAAAAUGGCUGAAAGAAGGCCCUGCAGUCUUUUGGUGGAAGUGAAAGGACUCAGCGAGGGCAUUCGAUUGAUAUUAAUUUCACUAUCUGCGUUUCUGUAGAUCAGAUUAAACUGUCUGGCGCUUGUGUUUAAAAGCGAAUAUAAAAUAUGAAGUGCCUAUCCACUGAACUUGAUGCCUGUCCUCCUGUCUGUCAAGACGUAGGCCUCUGUGUGCGACCUUCCUCUUCCCUUAUUACUGUGUGCAGAUGCGUUAUCAACACUACCUUUAUUAAGUCCAAAUAGACGUACUGUAAUAUUGUACCUCCGAGUUAUAUAGUGUGGGUGUUUCUAUAUUUUCUGACGCCGAAGGUGGAUAUUGUUGGUUUUGAGUUGAUGCGUUCGUCAUUGUGGGCUUUUAUUGUUUAUUACACCGAGCCGAGAUUCCAGCAGCGACUUGAUUCUUCGCCCAGCUCUGUUUUCUGAAACUGUUUCCCUUCUAUUUCUCCUUUCCAAUUUUACAUUGAUCCUCCAGAUCCAAAGUGAAACAUGCUAUUGACCUGUCUAUUUCGGUGCCUCGUUCAAUAAAAGUUGUGUAGAUGGUGA